AUGGCUCUUUUCUUCGUCGGCUACUUACUAGCGGUAGCAAGUACGGUCGCAUUUAUUGUUGCGAUUUUAACUCCGAAGUGGAUUUAUCCAAAUAAUCUUCCCGUUUCGGAUGCAAAUCCUGCUUCUCCGGCCGAGUCUAACUAUCAGGGAAUCUUUUAUGUCGAUCAGGGCUUUGCGAAUAACACAUGCCGUGAUUGGAUUCUUACUCCCAAAGACUCCGUAAACAGUUGCCGCCCUACUUAUGCGGUUGCUUGCGCAUCGUUGGCCAUAGUUGCGUCUUCUUUAUCCAUCAUUCUCCUUUGGCUUGCUGGUGCCUAUCUCUACAUCCGUCGCCGACGUCUCGCUCCUCAUUUCGUUACGUUUCUAGCAGCAUUGACAUUAUUAAUAUUUUUUAUCAGUGCAAUCAUCUGGAUCGUUAUGAUUACCAUGAAUCGUGAUAUUAAUAUGCGAAUACUUCGACAGAGUAUCGGCUUUUCAACAUGGAUUGCUGUUGGUGCAAGUGGCGGUUAUUUGCUUACAUUCAUAUUAUUUGGUCUGUAUCGUCUCGAUCUUGGCCACCGAAGGUAUCUCAAAGAAAUGGACUAUUCGCGUCGUUUUUAG